GCUGGCGGAUGAGGGCGCUUCACCGCCAUGUGAAACACACACUCGCUGUGUCUCAGCGUCGCGGUGUGUGCAGCCAGCCCUGAAAGUAGGCUAGAUGAUGAACUGAGCAGCGGACAGGCCCUAAUACACAAAUCGGCAAGAGGGAAACCGGCACCAACCCGAUCCAAUGUUUUGGGUGAUGUGAAAAUCCUGAUCGGAGAGAUCUUUAUUCGGGCCGAACGAGGCUGAGGUGAAGAAGCAGCAGGACUUUUCGUGCUUGUUGGUGCUCACGCUGGCCAUCAGAUGACCAAGUUCUGAAAAGUAGAUCUACGCUGUCCUUGCAGUUUUUCGGCUCGAGACUUCGUAAUAUAACAUCAUGGCUGUCUCGUCAUCGUCCUCCAAUCUCCUGCUCCUUCUCCUAAUAUCCUCCCUGGAUUGGCUGUCCACUCCAGGUUCUGCAUUUCUCAUAGACCGGCUCGACAUAAUAUCAUCAGGCUCCCUUGAGCCUCAUUUCACAGAGUGCAUAUCGAGGGACCAGGAGACAUUCCGCUGUUGGUGGAGUCCAGGUGACUUCCACAACCUGUCCUCCCCCGGAGCACUCAGAGUCUUCUACCUUAAGAAAGAGUCUCCAACCAGUGAAUGGAAAGAGUGUCCGGAGUAUAUCCAUUCAAAGCGGGAAUGCUACUUUGAUGUAAACCACACAUCUAUUUGGAUCCCCUACUGCAUGCAGCUCCGCGGCGAAAACAACAUCACCUUUUUCAGUGACGACGACUGUUUCACUGUGGAAAAUAUUGUGCGUCCCGACCCACCAGUGUCUCUAAACUGGACCAUCCUGAAUGUAAGUCCCUCUGGGCUAAGUUAUGAUGUCAUGGUCAACUGGGAGCCCCCGCCCUCUGCAGACGUUGGGGCGGGCUGGAUGCGCAUUGAGUACGAGAUCCAGUACAGGGAGAGAAAUUCCACAAACUGGGAAGCAUUGGAGAUUCAGCGGCACACCCAGCAGACAAUCUAUGGUCUGCACAUAGGAAAAGAGUACGAGGUGCACAUCCGCUGCAGGAUGCAGGCCUUCAUUAAGUUUGGAGAGUUCAGUGACUCCAUCUUCAUUCAAGUUUCAAGCAGAGAGACUACUUUCCCACUCACACUUAUUCUUAUUUUCGGGACUGUGGGCAUCCUCAUACUCAUCAUGCUGAUUGUCGUCUCUCAACAGCACAGAUUCAUGAUGAUUCUGUUGCCACCUGUUCCUGCACCCAAAAUUAAAGGCAUUGAUCCAGAGCUGUUAAAGAAGGGGAAGCUGGACGAGCUGAAUUUUAUCCUGAGUGGAGGUAUGGGUGGCCUGCCCACGUAUGCACCAGAUUUCUACCAAGACGAGCCAUGGGUGGAGUUCAUCGAGGUGGAUGCUGUGGAUGCAGACACUGGGGAGAAGGAGGACAACCAAGGCUCAGACACCCAGAGGCUCCUCGGUCUGUCCCAACCUGUCAGCCACCACAUGAACAUAGGGUGCGCCAACGCCAUUAGCUUCCCUGAUGAUGACUCAGGCAGGGCCAGCUGCUAUGACCCAGAUCUGCCCGACCAAGACACCCUAAUGCUGAUGGCCACCCUGCUGCCAGGCCAACCCGAGGAUGGAGAAGCCUCCCUUGACCUGGUAGAAAGAGCCCCAACCCCAGAGAGAGGCGAGAGGCCCCUCGUCCAAACCCAAACUGCAGGGCCCCAAACUUGGGUCAACACAGACUUCUAUGCCCAAGUCAGCAAUGUUAUGCCCUCCGGAGGCGUGGUGCUUUCUCCCGGCCAGCAACUCAGAAUCCAGGAGAGCACCACUGCCACAGAGGAGGAAAUGAAGAAGAAAGGAAAAGAGGGUGAAGACAGUGAUGAGACCGAGGAAAAGAAGAAGAAAGAGCUGCAGUUAAGGCUGCUGGUAGUGGAUGCUGAGGGAAGCGGCUAUACCACAGAGAGCAAUGCCCGGCAGAUCAGCACUCCCCCUAGCUCCCCCAUGCCUGGUGAGGGGUACCAAACCAUACACCCUCAGCCAGUGGAAACCAAACCCGCAGGCACAGUGGAGGAUAAUCGAUCACCUUACAUUCUUCCUGACUCUCCCCAGUCCCAGUUCUUGGCUCCUGUCGCAGACUACACAGUGGUACAGGAGGUGGACAGUCAGCAUAGUCUGCUCCUCAACCCCCCUCCCCACCAGUCUCCUCCUCCCUGCCUGCCCCAGCACCCCCUCAAGGCCCUACCUGCUAUGCCUGUAGGGUAUAUCACCCCAGACCUGCUGGGGAACCUGUCGCCAUGAAAUGACAAUGCCAUUGGACCUUAAGGUGUAAGGUUGAUUGACCAGGAAGUCCCCUGCAGUCUGUUUCUACCUGUUUCGUGCUGGAAACCAAAUAACUCGUAGCACACAGCGUGGGUGAGAGUGUACAGGUGUUUGUUUUCAGAGGGUGCUGAAAGGGAGACAUGCUACAGCUACAAGUUGUAUUCUUGGCUCUUUCACAUUUGCUACAUCAAUACAUUUGAUGCAGAGGCUACCAAAAGUAAACGCUAAAAAAAUGUUAAUAAAUGCACAGUUUGCUCUAUUUGUUAACAUCCAUGCACAUGACGCACACAAGUAUAAGGUUGAGACUGUGAUCGUCAUGAGUCCAAAAAGCAUUAGCUCACUGCUUCCUUGGAUCUCAUAACAUCUGUGGCUAAUUGUGUUUAGUGCAAUGACAUCGCUAAAGUCUUAACCUCACAGAGAGAUGUCAGUGUAUGAUUGACUGGGACAAGACAAGCACAUUCUAGUCAUAUUUUUCAUACCACACCGUGACGAAGUCAUCGCUGAUGUUGACACCUCUUGCUGGCAGAGGUGUUUUUGCCGCUCAAUUGUGGCUUAUUUUGUAUUCUUAAAAUUUCUUAUUUCAUCAUGUCAUCUUAUUAGUACUUUGCUAGAGAUAUAUUUUUAUACAAAAAGGCAUUAGCUGAAGGAAAAAUCUGCCCAGAAAUACAGUUGAAAACACAACUAUGCAGUUUUACCUUGCAUUCCUGGCUUCAUUUUGUUCAAUGGCAUGCUGUUCAUAUUUUCAUGAUUAAGUGGCCAAACUGAGUAUAUGAUAUAAUGAGAUUUUGCUCCAAAAGAACCAUAGAGUACAAAAUGCAAACAGACAUGAAUAAACAAGGAAAACAAAAAACAUCAACAAGCAACAUAUACUGUUAAUAUUACAUUUCUUUCCGUCCUUCUGGGAUGUUGAAAGGCAUUCUGGGAAGUGAAGGAAAUCACCCACUGAAGUAGAAAUAGAGGUGACGAAUAUAAUUAGAUUUAAUCAUAAUCUAAUUACUGAUUAUACAUGUCCCAACAUGGAAUUUUCUUUUAACCUGAGUUUUUUAUUUUUGACAUGCACAUAGUACUGUGAACAUACAUCACUUACUGCAAUGAGCAGCAGUUCUUGUAGUAAGAGGAAGAAUUUAUUCAGAUUCAGUCACAGUUGGGAGCCACUUAGUGCUUUAGUACACUGAGCACCACCGAGUAAGUGCCUUGCUCAAGGACUCAUUGAUAUAGUUAUUUAUCAGAAGGGAACACCCAGUAAUUCAGAAACAGCUGCUAAGUCUCACCUUUUCAACCAGCUCUCACUUACAGUGGAAACCUAAGGAGUUGUAUUCUCUUAGUUCUCAUGUUGCAUAGUCAUUGCAGGGACAGCACCUGGAGCAAGUUGAAAGACUGUGAAAGUAUGUAAUAGCUGUAAUUAGCUAACAUUUUAUACUUACUAACUGCCAAGUACACAGUGUUAACGACCUGUGCCUAUGAUAGUGUUACUGGCUUGCCAUAUCUGUGCUAAGGUAUGCUUACAUAAGUGGGAUUUGUCCAUUUAUGCAUUGCUAUAUACAGGCAAGCACUGCGCUAUGCAGGUGAAUUGGUGUAAAACCUCUCUUCUGUGUUAGAUUCACUACUAAAAAACUGCACAUGCACUAACACAGUCAUACACACACACACAACACACACACACACACACACACACACACACACACACACUACAUCAUAAAUAUUUGCCUUAAUUGACUGAUUUAAUUUUGCCUUUCUGACAUAGCUAUAAAAAUUAUGAGCUGGAAAUUGUCUAAGAAAGUAGUUGCAGGGGUGAACGUUUUGUGAGGCCAUUCAACUGUAAUUUGCACGUUUCCGAUAAUACCCAGUAAACUGACCGCAGUUUCCAAACCAAAAAUGUAAGCACUAGUAGAGUUCCAAGUUCUGGUCUGAUAGAGGGACAAAUGCAGAAAUAGAUGUGAGUCUGAUACAGUUGGCAAUAUGUGUGUGUAAUCAGGCACAUACUUUGCCCCCAUGCUUUUCUCAGAAUCACCAAAUUUAGGACAUUAUUUAAGCAGAAUCUGUUUCAUAAUCAAUUAUUUAGACUCAAUAGCUUGUAGCAUAAGCUUUGCCUAUGUUCACUGACAGUGUAAGCUUAUUAUAAUGGAGAAGGAGACCUUUUGUAAAGGUUUUAGGUUUCUCAUAUGUUUUCAUCCUAUGAAUUCUAUCAUAAAGACUAUGACAAUAUGCCUGUGACAGACACAGCAGCAUAGCAGAUACUGUAUAAGAUAAGCUAUUGAAGCUUAGGCUAAUAAAGGUUGUGCGACAUGCAUGGUUUUGUGAUACAACACAAUUCAUCUUUAUUUCAACAAAUCUAUGAAUGAGUCAGAGAUGAGCGCAUCUCACCAUAAACAAAACAUACUUCACAGUGCAAAGGAAACACACCCUGCCUUUGAAUUAUGUUGUUUUGCACUCAUCGCUGAGAUAAGCAAGCUAGUGACUCGAAUAGAAUAGGUCCUUUGUCCUAGACAAUCCCAUAAUGAAGAGAGACAAAGCAAGAGCCAUAAAAUGAGAAUUUUUGAAAAUGUGAAUAUGAUAAAUAUGUGCCAUUUCUCUCUGUGUAUGUCUCGCAGUGUUCUGUUGUUACUGCCUAGUGCUGAUGAUACCAGCAAGUCGAUGCUGUUGCAGAAAUGUCUUAAUAUAUUUACUAGUGCUGUAAAAUUACAAGUAUAUAUUUUUGUGUCAUUAAUGUUACUAAUCACGACAUAUUGCUGCUCGGUACCUGUAUUUUUCCUGCAUUCAGCCUUUCUGUGGUGGGAGAAGGUCAUUCAAGAGAUCACUUUAUCGUGUACAAGUGAGGUGAUAAAAACCUGUUGGUUUCUGAAAAUGGUCUGUGGCCUGGGAGAAAUGGGGAGGUCUGAUUUGGUUCAGUCAUCUGUUCAGCGAUCAUUAGCAACAACGGGACAGUUUUUCUGCUGUGCCCCCAGAAUCAAGACAUUAUAUAGUCACUUAAUGAUGCUCAUCCAACUUUCACAGUGUUCACACCCAUCCAAAGAUCCCCAGCAGGCUCUAUGUGAAUAUGAAGGAAGAUCAGAUGAUGGGAAAAGCACUGUUGAGUUUUGUUUUGUUUUUUUCAGAUGUACCGUGGUAAUUGUGAAUGUGUGCAAACUGGAACAUGUGCUGCAACUAUGAUAUUGAGGAAAAGUUCUAAAAAAAAAAAAAAAAAAUCUUUAAAAGUUGUUGAAAGUGCUUUUUAAAGGUUACAGCUACGAAAGGGAAGACAUAUUGGGAGGUGCUUUUUUUGUACAGGUGUUUACUACAUUGUGCCUGCAAUUUUUUUUUUUUUUUUUUGCCAGGUCACAAUGAGCUCAUUCUUAAUGUAGUGUAAAAGUUUGCAACUGUUAUUUCAAGCUUAUAAAUGUUACAGACACUUUAGAGCAAGCACUUUGUACACACACGCAUAUAUAUUUAUAUAUAUGUAAAUAUAUAUAUAUAUAUAUAUAUAUAUAUAUUAUAUACCUGAUGUUUAAAAUAGUAUUCAGAUUUUGUAUCUCAGAAUAAAUCAAGCCUAUGAAUUAAAUGUUAUUAUAAAACAGCAUUAUGUUUUUUAUUCAGCACAAUAAUCAGACAAAUGAGGAACCUUUCAAUACCAAUAAGCUUCAGUUUUGUUCUACAGAGUCUAUGUUUAUAGGACAUAUUUUACACUACCAGAUUGAUAGAAUGAUGUACUGUAAUAGAGUAUUUAAUAUUUGCUAUAAAGAUUUAUGGAUAGACAGAGCUGAUAGAUACAGUCUUUUAUGGAGUCAUAUCAAAAUAUUUGCAGGGUGAAAUAGUUCUACUGUGACUGUACACUCUCACAUGUCUCCCGCUAUGUGAUUUCAGCAUUUCAUUAUUAUUAAGUUGCAUUUUGAUGGGGCUAUAAAAAAAAGUGUUUUAUAGAGUUUUGGCCUCCAGCUUUUUGGUUUUGUGUAAGUUCAAGGGUGGCUUUUGGUCGCUCUGUUAAGCCUGGAAAUAAUCGUGAGUGCUGGAAUUUGUGCUGGUUAUUAUUCUUUAUCAAAUGAAGAGAAUUCUGUCAGAUAUUUUUCAGUUUGUUGGUGGAAAAAGUUAAAUUUUUGACUUGAGUACUGCAGUAUAUAGCUCAUAUACAUGUAUGUAAGUAUGUAUGUAUAUGUAUAUAAGUUCAGUGGCUCCAGUCUACCAGUCUAUGUCUAUGUGUUAUUUAUUUGUUUGCUCAGAGCCCUGACAUCAACUCCACUUCCUGAUCUGACUGCAGUGGAUGGGGCACCAUGACUAAUGUGUGUGUUCUCUGACAUGUUUCAUCCAGGCUCAUAAAACUGAUAAAUAUUCUGCAUGUCAGAAUUAGAAAACAGCUGCAUUGCGGUCUCAAGAGUGUAAACCGCAGCACCGUGAUCUAUCAGUUUGCAUUGGCUUGAUGAAGUUGAUGUGACUUUGCUCUAUAUUUUCAUGCCUGAAUCAUAUUUUCAGACCCCACCCGCACCCCAACACUGGAGCCACUGUCCUUGUCUGUUGGCUGCUGUUUUACUCAAGGCCAAGAACUGUGUUGAUCUUUGAUGAUUUGGUAUUGUUCUCUAUUGGUCUCUUACCAGUUGAGCCUUUCUGGUGUUGUAUGUGUGAUCGAUAAGCUCUCAACAAGUUACAUAAUAAAUGUAUAUACUGCAACUUCA